AUUAAAACGUAAACAAACUUUACAGCCAACUCUACAAGCACUACGUCCACUCUCUUCUUCUCUCUCCACUCCAACUACUGCGUCACAAAUCCACGUCACAAAGGAAAGGCUCGACCAAUCAUAAUAUUAACAUUAAUCACAUGACUUAUCAGUAGUGGCACACUACAACUUACAAACAAAAACAAUCAUAUAUUUUAAUAAUACUGAGUUUUAGUAUAAAAAUAAAAGAAAUUUUCCUUAGUGAAAUACAAGUGGUUUAAAGUAGUGUUAGUAUUGAAUAUUUUCCUUUGGGUGUGGUAAAAUUUCAACAUCAACUACCUCGCUGAUUGGCCUGUUGGAUUUCCGUGGGCGUGGUUUGUUUAGUUUGGUACGGGAGGUCGUUUGUGACGGCCAUGGACGUGCUUGGUAUCAGCAGCAUUCAGCAGUCCCAUGGGGGGCAGGAGGGGUAGCGUGAUGCCCGAGCCAGCACUAUAACGCAAUCAGGACAUUACGUGGUUGUGCAGAGAGGGGAAAGCUGAAUCAUUUUGGAAAACAGUUGAAGUCAUCAGAUUCCUCGUUUAACGAAACAGCCUCAAAAUUAUUUUAUGCCAAUUUAAUACGUGGAAGGAAGAAGAACUUGAGGGGAAAACCGUUCUGCCACUUCACUGUAGUGCAGGCAUUUGGCAAAGAUACACAAUUUGCAGCUAUUACUUAACGAUAUCCACUUGCAAUGAAUCCUGCAAACCGUGGAUCAUCCCUGAGGAACUCGUCGCAGUUCAACCGCCACACUGCUGCGAACCACUCUGCGAGGCCAAACCACCAGUCACGUUGGCCUGUGAACCAUGUCGCCUACGGCAAGGAGUACCGCACCUACGAGCAGUGCUUCAACGCCAGUGACUGCCCAUCCGUCACUCUGGCUGGAGGGAACAUGGUGCAGAAGGAGUCUGGUUACAUGCCCCAUCAGGGCUACCCCAAGCCGGGUGCUGGCUCGGCACCACCCACUGCUCCAGCCUCCAUUGGGGCGGUGGCUGAGAGGCGCCAGGUUUCCCCCCCUCUGCACAUCAAUGUUCGUGGCCAGGAGAACUCUCUGCGUGGUUCGUCGCUGCUGAGUCUUAGUCCGAGCAGCCUGGGACCCAGCACAAUGGACGGACACUCCCACCCAGAGAUGACCCUAGAGUUCCCCUCCCACCGCUCUCCCGCAGAAUUGCGCCUCAGUCCUGUUCAGCUGCAGCAUUCACCAACUUUUUUCCGUACAACUAGCCAGGAUGAUGGCAGAAAGAGCGAGAGUCCAUCUCGCAAGCGGAGGCGUAUAUCUCGUAAUGGCCACCAUCAAAUACUGGAGUUGUCUACACCAGUCCCAAGUCCUCCACCCCCGCUGCGGGGCUCGUGGGAGCAGCGGCGAUCCCCGAGACACCAGCAGAGAGGGAGCCCGCCCAUCAGACGGGCACGGUGCGGGCCGGUGUGGGCGCAGGACAGCUACCCCACGGCUCCCCAUCAGCCCCAAGGUGCGGUGGUGGUCGACGUGCCCGUGUCCAUCCCGGUGACGCUCCCCCACCACCCGCUGACCCUGUACCAGAGCGGGCCCCACGUCUCGACGCCGCCGCCCUGCCAGCUGCAUGGCCUCUAUGCCUGCAGCUGCGCCUGCCCCCAGUUCAACCCGGCGUGCCAGGUGCCGCAGUUCGGAGGGUGCCUGCCCCCUCAGCACCACCACCCCCACCCUCACCCCCACCCCCACCACCAUCAGCAGUACCCGGCCUUCCUGGCCGCCCCGCAGCAAGUGCCAGUGCCGGUCGUCGCCCACUCCGCCCACUACCAGCACCUGCAGCCCCAGCGGCCGGAGGAAGUGGACCUGGACCUGCUGGCGGAGCAGCUGCAGCAUCAUCACCACCACCAUCACCACCAUCACCACCACCACCACCACCACCGCGGGGGAUCCUUGUACCACCACCACAACCCUGCGCAGCUGCACACUGCCGCGGCCGCCAUGGCCCAGGUCUCGUCCCCGCCGCCCAUGUUCCUGUCGGAGGGCCGCAGUACGCAGGUGGAGAUGCUGUCGAGUCGCACGCGGCGCCCGGCCACGCCCAGCCGGCGAAUGAGCACUCGUCGCUGGCGAACCACGCCUGUGGCGGCGGCCCCCAACCCGUAUUCUGGCUUCCUGCUGCAUUUCCUGGCAAUGCUGUCCAACCCACCCCUCUCACCAUACAGCCAGGCCGAGCUCGGCAGUUCGGACUCCACUGAGACUGAGAACUACGAGGCCCUGCUGAACUUGGCCGAGCGCUUGGGUGAGGCCAAGCCUCGAGGACUGGCCAAGGUCGAGAUCGAGCAGCUGCCUUCGUACAAGUUCAACUUGGACACCCACCAAGGAGAUCAGACGUCAUGUGUAGUCUGCAUGUGUGACUUUGAGGCUCGCCAGCUACUUCGUGUGUUGCCCUGCUCUCACGAGUUCCACGCCAAGUGUGUAGACAAGUGGCUGAAGUCAAACCGAACGUGUCCAAUUUGCAGAGGGGAUGCAUCGCAGUAUUUCAGUCACAUGGAGUAAGAUAGUCUACAAUACAGCAUCACCUGCCGUUACCUCAACACUGCUACAAACAAAUUACAUUGUAGGAAACCUCACUUCAGCUUGUCAUGUCUAUAUGUGCCAUGUUAGCAGCAGAUGUCGUGCAUGUUGAGUUCCUUAUGUAUCCGUUGAAUUUUUGUUUUCAUUGAAGAUUUGAAGCAUUUUCUUUGUGUACAGUUGUGUAGAUGUUAAUUAUUUUAAAAUUACUAAUAUGUUGCAACUUGUUAGUUGAGUAGUUACAUAUCUUGUUGGAAAAUUUCUUUGUGUGUUUUGCUUAGUAAAUUUUUGUUUUGGUUAAAAAUUUUAGGUAAACGGGGCAUUGAAGAAUGUCUAGUGUUAUUGAAUAUUUUAGGUUGUUGUUUGUAUGCACCAGUUUGCAAAUUAUAAUGGUUUUCGUAAGAAAAUGUUCUACUAUUGUUGAUUUAAGAGGGUCAUUGGCAACAGAAUUUUGUUAGUUUUACUUUGAUUAAACAUUGAAAAAUGUAUGAAUUUUGAAGCAUUUAAUGUUUGCUUUAAUUUUAAGUUUGUGAAUAUAUAUUUGUAUCUAGAUUAAUUUAAGUAAAUAUGAAUAUCUGCAUUGUAGUUAACUUUUAUUGGUUUAUGGGAUAAAAGGCUACUUCAUUAUUCAUCCAAGGUUAAAAGCAAAGUGAUGAAACUAUUACAUUAUAUGACAUUGUAAUUACUUAUUGUUCUAAUCAAAAACUAAUUGACUUGUAUUGAGAUUCAAUGUCAUAUCUAAUUUUAGUUAGCAUUGUAUUCUCAGACAGCUUCCAAAUAAUAAUUUUUUUACUGUGUUUGGUGUAUAUGUGUGUGUGUGCAUCUUCUUUAGUUGUGUACAUUUAAUGUUUUCAAAGUACUUAAACUAAUUAGAUCAUUACAUUAUUAAAAAACAACAUAAUUAUUGUGUUUAGUAGAAAAUUUAAUUCUGUUACAUUUAGAAAGCUUCUUUGGAUCGACUGUAAUUCUAGCCAUAAUCAAUACUUAAGUUUGUCAUUAAUUGAACAUUACUAAUGUUGAAAGAGUUAGAAAUUAAUACCUACUCCAAUAUUUACAAUAAAACUGUAAUUUGUAUCAAAACACUUUAAUUACGGAUGGACAAAUUAAAUUAUCAAUUCUCAAAUACUGUAAAAUCCUGCACCACCACCCACCGAAUCAAGAAAGAGCUCUAAAUCUGUCAAUCCUUCCGGUGUCCGGAAUAUUCAAUUAAAAAGAUUUGAAGGGGAAAAAAUUUUAGGAAAGUAAUUUCAGGAUUUCAAACACGUGAGGUUAAAAAGGACUACAUUAUUAAUCCCUACAGAAUCUAUCGAAUAACUGAUUGUAUCUUCCACCAGCUACACUGCUUUGAGGAUGUUGGUUUUAGCACUGCAGAGUACAUUUUUGAACCAAAAAUAAAUUGUUGGAAUCCUGAUAAUGUAAAUAUUUGGGAUGAAACCUGUUAAAAUCUGAUAAUCUUAUUAAUUCUGUUAUAAAAAUUGAAAUUCUCAAAGAAACAUAUUAUAAGAAAAAUAUUUGAAGAAAUGUAGUAUAUUCAAAAAUUUAACAGUGAAAAGACAGAAGUUAAAACUAGAUUCAUUUUUCUUCAUAUCUUACUAACCAUCGUGAUCAUUACUCACACUGAGUAUUGCCCAUACACCAGUUCAGUGGCCGUCACCUAUCCUUAAGUUACAAAGUGUAAUAAGAAGGGGGAAAUAAAAAAAAAUUACAAUAUGUGUAGCCAAGACCUUGAAGGGAAAAUUACAAAACUGACCUAAAUAUAUAUAACCUACUCCACAGAGCUCGUAUACAUGCACGGAGGGGAAUGAAUUGACUCAGGAAAGGUAGGGAGGGAGAAGUAGCGCUAAGGAGAAGGGGAGCGGGACAGUUCAUAAACAAAAGGCAGUCAUCCCACUGCACGCACUUCAAAAUUCAGGGCGCCUUCCCUGACACUUGGCUCAGUAAAAUAUAGUAGACGUCAUACCAGUGUUUAUUUAUUUAACUCUAUAUAUCUAAAAUGGUUUGUAGGUAAUCUAGAAUCCGUGAAGCAUUUGAAAUAGUAUUUAAUUUUAAACUGGCUCACGAAUACUAAUCACAGUCACAAUCACUAUGUUAUUUAGGAUUGAGGUGAGUAAAAAUCACAAUAAAUCAAUUUUCAUGGUGAUCGGUUGAAUGGUAUAGAAGUUGUUAGAAGAGCAGCGCUAUUUAGUGGCAAGUUACAGCAAAUUGGAUAGCAUAAAAACCUUCAUGAAGAAACACAGAAAUGCCAACUUUCAUGAUGAUCGGUCAAAUGGUCUUUAUCAAGGUCAUAUAUACCAACAUCCAUAUAUUUACCGUAUUGAAAAUAGGCCAAACUUUAUUGCCAGUUUUGUCAACCUUGAAAUCUAGAGUCGGCCUAUAAUGGGGCACUAGCCAAAAUAGUAUAAUUACACAUACAUUUCAAGGAAAAUCACUUAUGAGUUAUGGCAUAAAAAUGUUAUCAGAUAUACAAUUCAUUGACCUAAAAUUACGCCGUACUUACGUGGAAUUAGUAAUUUUUCCAACUUAGAAAUUUAGUAAACACACUUAACCCCAAUAAUGUAUCAUAUUUUAAGUAAAGUACACAGAUGUGGUCACUUGUAGCACAUAGCUUUUAAAAGCUUGGUCUGGUUAUUUUUGAACUGUAUUUAACAGGCUGCGGUAAUUUUAUUUGCUUGUAAAUUGUGGUAUUUACAGUAAAAAAUUAGUAAAAACAGCAAUUUUGCCGUAAGGUUAUUUACCGUGGUAUGCGUUAUUUACUCUUCUACGUUCUACCACAGGAAAAACAAAGUGGCACCAGUGUUGGCAACUUGUAGUUGAGACAUGAAUAAACAAAUACUGGUACAUACCAACAGUAACAAGAACAAUAAAAUCUAUUUGCAAUAUUGGCUGUUUUAUGGUUGAUUCAUACACAUUUUACAUGAAACCAUUUUGGGUUUUUUACGUCAGAAUUAAACGUACCGGUAAAUGUUUUUACGUCACAAUUUCUAUGAACUUAGAAAAUGUAGCCAUUGCCGUAUAAAAUGUUGACACCACUACAAAAGAAUGUGAAGAUAAACGGAAACACAGCUUAUAUAUAUUUACUAUAUAUUUUGGUAAGUAAGAAUAACACCUUUUGUCAGUUCAGUAAAUACUAACUUAGUUGAAGUGUUACUGUGGUAAUAAGCUGCUAAUAAUCAUUUUAGUUAGUUAAAAUUUAUUUUUCCCUGAUUUUGAGUGUGCUGUAGAAGGGGUUGGCCUAUUUUCGGACCAAUACGGUAUAUAUGUAAUAUAACCAUUUCCCCAGGAAAUUGUUAAUUUGAUGAGGAAUUUAUAAUAAAUUUACUGUAUGUAUUGAUAAUGCAAAAUUAGUAAAAUUAACAAUGAAAGGGUUGAAUGUUUUAACACCAUAGUUAAUAUUUUUCAUUUCUUGGUACAUAAUUUUAUUUUUGACUCUUUACACCUAGAUGUGGAUCCUAAGGGUACAUUUGAUGCACUGUUUGGGAUUUGAAUUUGAGGAAAUUUAGAUUCGACCGAUUGAUAACUUUUAACUACUUUCACUUUGCAUCAUGGUUAGAUUUUUAUAAAAUUGUCAGAAUAUGCAUUUAAUAAUUCAUUAAAUUUGCAUAGCGUUGAAUUCUAAUGAGUAAAGCUUACUUUAAAUUUGUAUAUUCCACAUUAUACAAAAGUUACACUAUUUUGUCAUUAAAGGUUAAUUUUGUGGUUUCCUUAAGUAACUGCACCAUCGACUAAUUAGUGGUUGGCCUUAUGUUAAUUUCCUUUAAAUUCUAAACAAAAUUCAUUGUUUUUUGUCAGUAUAAAGAACGAGUAUAUAAAACUUGUAUAUAGAACUUCUUCAUAACAAACCAUUUCCUAAGUCCCAUUCAAAAAAAAAAAUUAACAGAAGAUGUAUUAACCUUUUAAAGACAAAAUUAUAAAACUAUUUCUCAUAAUAAAAGGUUAUUAUUUAUUAAUAUUUGAUAAAUAAUAAUUAAAACCUACCAACACUUAUUUUAAAUUUAUAAUGAAAUAAUAGGAACUAAUCUGAUUCAGGUCUUAAUACAGUAAAACCCCUUUUAAGACUACUUAAGGCUUAAGACACUUUCUUGCCUCAAACGUCAAUAAUAUAGUGUUUAAAGUUUUCCAUAUAUACCGUUAAUUUUAACAUUCCUCUUUUAAUACUCUUUGGGAUUAUGACAUUUGAGUUUCCUGUUUAAUAAGGACCAAAUAAACGAUAUUACAAAAAAAAAUUAAUUUUCUAUCAAGAAUCCUUGCUGUAACGUACCAUAACCAUCGUGACACUUGUGUUAUUAUCAAAGAACGAUAACACAACAGCGCUAUCUUCUAUUUCACAAAUGAUGAUCUAUAAUAAAACAUUUUUGUCAAUGUUUAUUUUCUGUAAAUUCAUGCACACAACGAAAUGGUCACCAUUUACAGGACUCAAAACAAAUAUUGAUAGUGAUAAGACAUUCAUAAGCAUAUUAAAAAUAUGUAUUAUACGUUGUAUUUGAACACAAAAGAAUUUAAAGCUGCCUCUCAAAACAGAAGUAGAAAAAAUCCCAUGGAUGACUGAAAAUGCAAACUACUUUUGACAACAAAAACUCAAAGAAAACAAUUAUUUGGGGUGUUUGUAUUUGUUUCAUUAAGUAUUCGUAACUGAAAAAAUCAACAUACGUCUAUGACCAUGGACUACAAUAUUAAACAUUGGCACACUUUUGCUAUGGACAUUAAAAGAAGUCAACACAAUAAUUGCCAUGGUCAACAAACUUAAAACAAAAAUGAAAAUUUUAUUUCUUAAAUGUUAAAGCAUCAUAUACCUCCAGUGUUAUAGAAUGAUGUUUAUGUUAAGAUGCUGCAAUAUUUAAAAUGCAUUAUGUGUUGGAUGUUUUUUAUAAUAUAUCUUUGAACAUUAGAUGGCAUUGAAUAAAACAUUAUAGGAAACUUGUAAUUUGGCCCUUUUGAUGUAAAUAAAACACGUUGAAUAUAAAGGAGAUCUGGAUUAAAAGAGGCAUUUAGAGCAUCAAACAACCUUAAAAAAAAAUUGGAAAAAAUAUUUAAAUGUUAGAUAAUAUUAUUUAAAGCAUUCCCAAGUGUACAAUAAACAUUAAAUAAAUGCAUGGUUUAAAAUUUAAGUAAUGGUUAUUCACAAUUCAAAAUAGGUAGUUUAAACCUCAAAGAAUUUUGGUUUUAUUUUCAUUAAAAAUUUUAACUAUAGUUUAGUUUUUGAUUCAUUAAAGUAUAACAGCAUUCACACAACCCUAGUGAGUAUCUAGUGUGUAGUUUUGUUUGUAUAGCAUUUGUAAAUUGUCAAAAAAAUAGCAUUUUUUACAUCUGUUAUUGGAAGGUUUAGUAUUGGAAACAUUAACUAACACUUAAUAUUCAGAGUUUAGUCAGAAACCAUCUUAGUGCAAUAACCUUCACGUGAUUGACUCUGAAACUUAUAUCACGUCUUGCAGUUGCCCGGCAUGUGACAUAAUAUCUGAAGAUUCUCAAAUGGUUACUAGCGACAAUGUUUGCAUGCAUCAAGAGAAAAUAAAACACUAAUGGUUCAGCACAUAGUUGUACGUAUUCAGUGUACCAACAUUGAUGUUUUAGCGCUGUUGUGAUUUUUUUACUGUGAAGCCAUAGUGUUCUUGUGUGCCGUACUUAAUUUAUGUGCUCGGAAGACUGCAUAAAUAUUAGGAGACACACUCUCCUUGUUAAUAAGAUUAAUGUAAUAUCAAUAGUAUGUUGCAAGGGAAAAAAAUACCAAUCCAACAUAGAGUUAAUAAUGCAUCGGUAAAGUGUACUACUAAAUUAGCUAGUGGUAUACUUGAGCCUUGUUUUUUAUGAAACCAAAAAAAUGUCGCUUCAAAUUAUGAACAUUUUAAUCCGUAGUGUCAGCAGGUCUUGAAAGUCAAGUGUUUUGACAAAAGGGAACAGUGCAAAAAGUUGCAAAAUUUUAAUGUUUAGUAGCUUUUGAAGAAUUUGGGUUAUUUAUUUUGUUGACUUUGGACCUAAAGCCUGUAGUCUCAGGAUUAGCAAAAUUUAGUUACUGAAUGACCAUAAUCCAGGAAAACAAUCCAUGUCGUCAUUCACAUUUAGGCUUUAUGUGAGGUUUGUGUGUAUGUGUGUUAAAAAAAAAUUCAGUGAGUAGCAAGUCUUCCUUUUAUGGUGAAGAUUGAGACUGAAAUUAAUAGUUAAACUUUUGAAAGAGCUCAAUGAUUAUCUCCGCAAGCCGUCUAGGCAUUAGUAUGUACAUGUUAUUAUUUUAAUAUGUUAUCUUAAGCUUGAGUGAGUUUUUUUUGUGUAGGUACAUAGAUUUAAAAAACAUAUUUUGUCACAUUCUCAAGUUUUACAGCAGAUUAAGAUGAUAAAGCUAUGUCAUUAAAAAAAUUCAAAGUUGAGUUACUAAAAGAAUAGACCAUAAGACCAUUAAACAUUUUUUUAGAUAGGUCCUGAUAUAAGUUUACUAGAAGACAUCUUGUGAUCAAAUUGAUGAUAGUUUUGUAUUGUUUUGGAUAAAUUGUUCUGCUUUGUAAGAGAAAGCAUAUCACAAAACAACAAUACAUCAUUAAAGCAAAUAUUGUAAAAAAAAGAGUAUUUGCCAAGGCAAAUUGUAAUUUACUUUUAUUGUACAACAAAUGUUAUUUUUUAUGAGCUAGGCUUUAUUUGUCACAGAUUUCAUAAUGCCUGAGGAAUUCUGGAGUAGCCUUGUCAGAUAUUGAAAUUUUAAUUUCAACAAAGUGUACAGAUUUGAAACUUUUUGUUUGUAUAGUUACAUACAGAAACCAUUAAAAAUAGUUAUUUUACUUUAGCUGAUGUAAAAUGGUUUACAAGGAAGAUUUAAACUUUUUGUGGUUGAGUUUUUUUUUGUUGAAAUGAAUUAAUGAAAUUUUUUAUAAUUAAGUGUAUUUCGUUACGUGUUCUGAAUUAGUCGCCGAAUGGAAAUGUAAUGCAUAAUAAUCCUUUAAUUGGACUGAAAGUGGUAUUCCACAGUUUGGAAUAUCUUGUAUUGUAUACUAAUAAUAAUAAUAAUAAUUAAAGGUAUUUCCCUUUAAAAUAUUAACUAAACUUUUUUUAGUCAGAACACUUGUAAAUAUACAUCCAUUCUCUAGUAUAAAACAAAAGUUUUACAGAAAUAAAGUAUUUAUCGCUUUAUUGGAUGAAAUAAAUAUUUACUAUAAUGUAAUAUAUUAUACUACUUCACAUGUACUGUAUAGCUGCUGAUGUAUUAAAAAUAACAGAUAUACUUUGUCACUUUUUUUAUUGUCGCUUAGUAAACUACACUAGUAAUAAUGAGUGUUGUACAUGUUCGUAAUGGUCGUAAUUCAUAUAGCUAUAUUGGCAUUAACAGAUAAUGUUUUGUAACCGGUCUGUACAAAAAUGCAAGUUUCCUUGCAUACAUUUCAAAAUGCACAGCUUUGGCCCUGCUGUUUUCAUUGUCUCGGAUGAAUGUCUCUGUAAGUCUGAACAAAUGUGGAUGUUGUUACACAAAAAACAUGGCAAUGAAACAUUUAUAAACAUAAACUCUUCUGAUAAGUCUUGCCUGCCUGAGAAAGGGUCUCCUUAAAGCAAUAAAAUUGUGUUUUUCAGGUAGUUUAUAGAAUGUUGUGCUCAGAAACAUUUUGGGAGGUGAGUGUGUGUGUGUAAUGUGUAUGAAAUAAUUGAAAAUAUUGGUGCCGUUCUGUGUGAACAGAAAUGAUGUUUGCAACAUGGCUGUGGGCAGGAUAAUUGAUAGCACAUUUAAAAUUUUUUCUGUAGUAUGUAUGUUUGCAUCUCUGAAACCAGAACUUGGUUACCAGUCAUCUGUUAGGGUUUGCAAAGAAAAUUGGUUUACAAAGGUAUAUAAUUUUUUUAUAGCCAAAAGGUGAAAUAGUUUGGUCAGAAUUGUGGGUGUGUGGUGCUCAUGUGACAAGGUUUGUGGGUUUGAUGCCAGCACUCUGUCAUGGGGAAAAUUCGAGCCCCAAGUCUGUAUCCCAGUGGUUUGAAGCCCUCUGUAAUCUUAGAGGAUCUGUUGCCUUAAGCCCUUGUGCAUAAGCCUACCUUAAACGUUUUUAAUUCUGCCUUGACUUGGUACAAAUAUUGUCAUUUUUGGUUGCUUGAAAAGUGUGUAAAGUGCAGCUGUGUUGAUGAAAUUGUGGUCAAAUGAUAUAAAUCUGACUAAAGUAGGAGUUAUUUUUCAAACCCUAUACACCUUCAUUUCCUGCUAGACUGAUUUUAACCUGUGUUUCAUAUUUCAGGAACAUAAGUUGAGCAAACCUGGAAUGUUUCAAAACUUCCUUGAUGAAUAUGAAAUGCACUAUCAUACUACUUCUGUUGCUACUAAGACUUAUGUGUUAAUAUUAAGUGUUAAAAUAAAUCAUAAGUUAAAAAAUUUUUGUUGGUACAGUAGAGUCUCGCUUAUGUGACAUAAACGAGCUGGCAGAAUGUCGUAUAAAUCAGUCGGGCUAGCUAAUUAGCUGCGGUAGAGUCAAGAGCAACAAACAUAGAUUGAGCUUACACUCGCAACUUGCAGUUCUUGUUGCCGAUUGAUUUUUUUUUUUUUUUUUUACAGUUGGUCAUUGGAUAAUAUGGAAUGUUGGAUAAAUGAAGGUUGCAUAAAUGAGAUUCUACUCUAUUAGUUUGCAUUAUUCUUUUAGUGGUAGUUAGGUUUUAAAAGCAAUAAUUUUUUGAAUUGUUGUACAGAAUGCAUUGUGUAUUUUCAAAAUUUUUGUACUUUUCAUUCAAAGCGUGUGUAUUAAUGUUCAGUUUUGUAAGUUCCCUGAUUGAUGUCUAUUAUAAAGUGAUUCAUUGAUGUACAAGUCUGGCUUGUGUAUUCAAAUUGACUGAAGAGCUGGGCCAAUUCCUUCCCUACCUGUGUACAAUCUAUAGUAAACUAAACAAUAUUGUUUUCUGUUUGUCAAAAUGUCUGUUUCUACUUGUAACAUACUUUCCAUGAGCUCUGAAGUAAUUGUGGCAGUUUCCAGGACUAUAAUUCGGGUAAGAUUACUAAAUAUAAAAUUUUCAAUCUGUCACUUGGAAGCAAUGGUUAUUAACCCAUUUUUCUGAUAUUUUUUUGUUCUCCUUCUCUUACAUACCACAUUAGUUUAAAAUGUACCUUAAAUUCAUUAUACUUGGUUAUACUUGCUGCAGAUAAUUAAAAAAUCCAGAAAGUUGGGGCUUAGUGCCAUGUUUUUUCUCGGAAUAGCACGAAAGGCUGCGUCGUAACAGGCCAUACUACGCUCAAACUUGUUGGCCUGUUAAUCAAGAGCACAACAGACAAAAUUAAAGGUAUUAGAGCUUCAUUGUGGGAGGCCUUCUGAUGCUAGGGCUGGAUUGUACAGUCGGGUAAGCAGUGUAAGAAUAAACCUCAAGGGUUUACUAAUUGGAGUAAGUACAUAAUGCUUUCCUUUGCCUCAAGUAACAACUGUGCAAGAGAGCCUAAGUUUUAAAUCACUUCAUAUCGUGCACAAUCCUACAUGUGCCUACAAUAUGCUGGAAAUGUGUGUAGUUUGUUUUUAUCUAAAUGGUUACUCAAAAUUGUAUACUUUGAUAAGGAACUAUGUUAUUAUUAAUAGCACUAUUUUUGAAAGUUGAGGUUCAAUACAUGUUUCUUUUUCAGUAUAGCAUUUAGGGGAAAAAAAAUUUGCAUAUUCAGGAAGUUUUACUUUUGGUGUUAAUUAUUAUUUUUUUUAAUGUUUGAUAAUGGGGACAUUAAUAAACUCUCUAUCUACAUGCAAUAACCUUUGUGUGACUGAGUCCUUGACUGUAUUGCACUGUUGAAAGGUGUGUGACACAUUCAUUUAAGUAAUACCAAACUCCAAGAUAAUGUUGGGCUUCCAACCAUGUAGGUACUAUUUAGUGCUUGUAAAUUUGAGGUAUGUGGUAGGGCGGGCAUUUUAUAGAGACCCAUGUGAAUAUUGAAAACUUAAAUACUUUAAAAUGUUUUAAAAAAAUUUUUCCCCCCAACUUCUUAUUAAAAAUUUGUUAUUCGUUUCCUAGAAUAUUUUGAUAUUUGAUUGAAAUAAUAGAAAAAAAACACUAUAUCCACACAGUUCUACUUGUAAUCUGUGACUAACCAAUUUUCAAAUUUUAACAUUAAAGUACAAUUAAAAAACAUGAAAUUUGUAAAUAUUCUUUAAGAGAUGAGAUAAAAAGAUUAAAAACAUCAUUUUUCAAGUCUUGUAAAAUUGGUUUGAUGAAAUUAUUUAGUAUUUACUGUUCUGACAAAACUACUUUGUGAAAGAUCCAUUUAUGUUUUCUAAUUUAUAUUUUCUAAUAGCAAUUUUUAAUGUUUAUCUUUUAAUAUAAAAUAUUAACUUUUGAUUCCAAAAGUUAUUAAAAUUUUAAUUUUGACUUUUUUGCUUAUAAACCUAAAACACCUUUAAUUUUGUCUGGAUACUGGUGGUUACUGGCUUAUUGAUAACAGACGUAUUGUAGAAUUUGUGAAAUGCCUUGAUGUGGUAAUAUAUAACAUACAAAGAUUUAACUUUAUACAUACAGUGGAAAUAGAAAAAGACAUAACAGAUUUAUUUACCACUAAUAUUCACAUUCCUCAUUACAAUAUAUUAGUUGAAAGUUGUAUGUAUUGUAUUAAUUGGACGGUUAGCAAACUAGUGUGAUUUUGACACUGGUACGUACUGCUAAAGUAAUUUUCAUUGAGGUUUAUACAGUGUAGGUUGGAAUGGGUUGUAUUAAGUUUUUCUUGGAAUUAUUUGUUGGUUUCUUUGUAGCUACAACUCAAAUAGCAGUAAAUAACCAUCAAUUUACAAGUAUGAAGCUGUUGAAGCAAGCACAAGAAACUCUGUUACAGGACUCAUUUACACAAAUAUACAAAUGAACACGAUUCUUAGUUGAUUGAAUUUUCUAUAGUCUUGUGUAGUUUUAAUAUAAUGUAAGACUGUUUAAUUUUAUCAUGCUUUGCAACUGGUUUCAUGGUUGUAGUAAUUACAGACACUGGCUUGACCAGUUAUAAUGCUGUUAAUGUGCCAAGUUCAUCACCUCCGUUUACGAAUCGCAGGGUUGUACCGCUACAAAGGCGGAGCCAGAUGUCUUUUUGUAGCGUUCUCACUACAGGCCUUUCAAUCAGCCUUGUUUGCGUCAGCUGUGGUUACAUUUCUCUGUGGAAGACUGAAAGUGCAGCUUCAACCCAGAAGCUGAGAGUAUGUAUUUGGUGAAAAUUGUAAAACUGUGACUGUAGCUGUAUGAAAAUAGUUUGAUUUUCAAUUUAUUUAUAAUACUUUUUCAGUACUGAAAAAACUUUAUUUUUGCUUAAAUUGUGUGCAUUUGAAAUAUAGUUUGUUGUCGGACA